CCAAAUCAAGAAAAUGGCGGGAGCUGAAAAUGGAGAAAUCGUGGACUCCGCGGCGGACCGGCCCGAAACUCCCAACUCCGAGUCCCAGCUCAGCGGGGACGGCGACAAACCCGAGCGGCUGAGCAAGCUGCCUCUCACCAGGAUCAAGGCCAUGAUGAAACUGGACCCUGACGUCACGCUGGCCAGCCAGGAGUCCGUCUUGCUGAUAUCGAAAGCUACGGAGUUAUUUAUUGAAGCACUGGCGAAGGAGGCAUAUGUACAUGCCAGGCAAGGCAAGAGGAAAACACUUCAGAAGAAAGACAUAGAUAAUUCCAUAGAGGAACUGGACUCCUUUGCUUUCUUGGAAGGGACAUUGGACUGAUUGGGAAAUGUGUGGCAAAGAGUCUGGCUGCUUCACAAUCUUUUAAACUUGGACUGGGACUGAUUCCGACUGAAUAUCAAGAACUCUUACAGAUACUGUACAUUCUUGUUCAAGCAGAAUUUGAACCCUGAGUGUGAAAAACUUUCCUACCUUUGUUAAUAUAAUUAGAUCAUGGGCUAAUUUUGUAAGGAGAGUAUAGCAAACUGCAACAAGAUUCUCAAGAAAGUCUAUGUGGAUGUACUAUUGUAAGGGCUGGAACACAAUUGUUGAGUGUAUUUUCAAAUUAUAUCUAUAAAAGUUGUUCUGUUACAGUUCAUGUAAAUGACUUCAACUGUUGUAAAUAAAGGAGGUCAAGUACAUGCAA